AUGAAGUGCACCUUAUUACUACUACUAGCAUUAUGUGCUCGCUCUAUACAUGCAGAUUCCUUGAACCCAGUGUUUUGGGAGCGUAGUUUCACCAUGGACAUUUCACAGCCCAACAGUCAAGGCACUCUCAUUCAAUCCACUUCAAACAUGGCAACAUCGCAAGACUUUCAGGGUAUCCACAUUGAUUCCAAUCCAAGGAAUGCGCCUGAUAGAAUCAUAUUCAACUUUGGAGAGUGCUGUAAAUCCUCAAACAUCACCAUGGACACUAUUCGGCAAAUAAACCACAACAGCAUCAAUGCCACAUCCAUUGAGUACGCACAAAAGAUAGCGCUUGUAAAGAGAGGCAAUUGCAAUUGGAACGAAAAGUUGACAGUAGUAAACAAUCUGGCAUUAGCCAACAAUAUAAGCAUUACUGCAAUGUUUAUUUACGACAAUGAUACCCACAACAAUGACAACAACAACAUCACCAUUGCUCUAAAGCCGGUUGUUGGCUCUGGAAGCAUUAGUCCGCCCGAAUACUCUACACCGUUACCAGAAAAUAGAUCUGUAAUGAAUAUGACCGACAAUGAUCUUGGCAUAACGAGUCCUUCCACUACAGUGGUUUACUUUGUACCCAAUGUCUAUGGCACUACGUUUGUGGACAGAAUCAACCAAUCAUACAAUGCUAGUGUUCCAAACAUGAGAACAUUUUGGUUAAUUACGCCAUAUCUGGAAGAAGUAAGCUGGGGCUAUGCUGGUGGCGAUAGUUUCUUUUCAACCGGUAAAGGCUAUUUAUCCUAUAUCAUUGCUUUGGCUGCUAUAUUCUUGAUUGGUGUCAUCUUUUUAAGAUGGUGGAGAAUUCGUCGAAUGGGAGCAGGUUAUCCUAACGGAUACACAGGGUUUCAAGGUGGCAAUGGACUUCACAUGCAACCAAGAGCCUCGCAUAUAGAUCCGCUUCCUGUGGACAUUGUCAAUGCAUUACCCAUUGAUAAAUACUCGCCUGAUUUGAUCAAGAAUAUCAAUUGCGCUAUUUGUCUCGAGGAUUUCGUGCCUGGAAAGAAUGAUAUACGAAUUCUUCCUUGCGGCCAUGGCUUCUGUGUACUCUGUAUAGAUCCUUGGCUUACUCAGAAAUCAACAGUGUGUCCUAUUUGUAAAUGGGAUUGCUUGCCUACAGACCUUCGCCGUGAUAGAAAUCAACAGCAACAUGAACAAGAACAACAGCACCAACAAGGGCAGCAUCAACAGCAGCAAGGCGAAGCUGCCACUGGAGAUCAUGAUCAUGCCCAUGCAACCGCCAUCGAUAUGAGCAAUGCUACUCCUUCCGCUUCUGUCACACCACCCCAAGUUGCGCAUGUAGCUCGCAUUACAGGCAGCAUUAUACCACCACCUAUUCUGCCAGCUUCAUCCCCACCACCAUCGCCUCGUAUUACAGAUCGCAAUAUGGCUCCAACAGACGAGGAAAGUCCAUUUGAUAAAGAUGAUUCUACGCCACAUCUCCCUGCUCAUCACUUGAAUAAGUUUGAUCAGGCUAAUGAUGAGAGCGAAAAGCCCGAUUUAAACCCUUUUGAUGGAUCAUCGUCUAUUAUUAGCGAAGCACAGAUACACCAUUCUGCUGAAUCAUCAACACCAGCACAUGUCUCUGUAGAAAUGAAAGAUGAAACGAAGCCAACAUCUAAAGGUCAGCAAAACUAA